CCUGUCAACAGAAGGGCAGGGUUGACCUAAAGGCAGGCACAGAGUACAAGCCAAUCAAGGUGAACUUCACCUUUUGCAUUUUAAUUACACAGCAUGUAUCCUUGGCGAGAGGUGGGGUGGCUAGCACUGCAAUCUCCCAUGAAAAGGUGGCCCUAUUCAAACUCUGGCAGGGAUAAGGCCUCGCUGUUUAUAGGUCAAUCAUUUGAGACUACCAAAGUCAAACUAGUUGUGAAGAAUAUGCAAAUGUUGCCUAAAUUUUCAUGUCCCCGAACCAUUGCCUCACAGCAGCUAUAAUUCUCCCUGUGUUUGUGUGAGUUUGUGUGUGUUUACUCCACGCUAACAUUGUUCUCCACUCUUCUCUUCAAGACCAAAUGCCCCUUUGAGCUGGUCGGAAUGGACCUCAUAGGCAGGCUGGUGAAGACCAAGACAGGCAACCAAUACAUUUGUGUGAUGGUAGAUUACUGCACCAGAUGGGCACAGGCAUAUGCCCUAUAAUCUAAAACAGCAGAAGAAGUGACAGGGUGCAUCCUCAAAUUUUUCUAUCAGUUUGAGGUUCUGCAAAGAAUCCUGACUGACCAGGGCAAAUAAUUUGUCAACAAUGUGUGCAUAUACCUUUUUGUUUGAUGUAAGAUACACAAACUUAUGAUUUAGUUUAGAAUUAUUGUGUUGUACUUCUCACUGAUACAAUUGAUGACUAUAAUAUUGUUGAUAGAAUACUGCUUGACUUAAAUUGUGAGGUUUAAAAGGACUAAACAUGUGAAAGUACUUGAAGCCUUGAAUUACAAACUACUUUUACAGAUCAACACAGAGGUUUGCCGGCUUUUGGGGGUUAAAAGAAGCCUUUGUGCUCCAUACCACCCCCAGACAAAUGGGUUGGUGGAGAGACUCAACUCUAGCAUUCAGAGAUUCCCCUGCUGAAGCCACUCCAAAUACAGCCUCACCUGCCACCACAGCAGUUGAAGAUUCUUCUGCACCUGCCACAGCCAUCACCCCAAACACCAGUGAGACCACCUCAGCCACCUCUGGGUCUACCAAAAGAUGAAUGACACCUGCCAGAGGAUCCCAUGGAAUCCCUGCCAUCUCACAUAAUCCAGAGCAAUAUAUCAAAGAAACUUGGGGAGGACAGGAUUGUCACAUUCUUCUGUCCAAAAUUGGACGAUACAAAUUGUGGUAUUGGGACAUCAAUCGCACAGGGCCCAACAAGGAACUUGAAAGCGAGGUCAUCAAUGCAUACCUACAUAAACUAGUCGAGUGCUACAACAGCCGAGGAGGGAAACAAGCUGCAUACAUUGAUUCAUUUGCCAUGACAAUGAUGUGGCAAGGAAAAAAACACGAGUGAAACUGGAUCCCAAUUCAUUUUUUGUUGUUUUGGGAGCUGUCCAUGAACCUGGUCGGAGGGGCCGUAGGCGCAAAUUGGCAGCCACGCUUCCGUCAGUCUUCCUCAGGGCAGCUGUGGUUACGAAAGUAGCUUACCACCACCAGGCCAUUUAUCCAGCAGAGCAGCGGAGUCUCGUGCUUGACUCAUUAGGCAAUGCUCGCUCUAAAGUACCCAAGUGUUUGGAGUCCACCGGGUCUUUCAUGCGACAGAGGAAUGUUGCACUACCAAAGUGGUCUGCAAACACAGUGCCUAACAGUCUACAAAAAGACAGUACCUCCUGUGGGAUAUUUGUAUUGAAAUGUGGCGCUCGCAGCAGAGUCCGUGUCGUGCCUCAAUAAAGCUUUGUGCCACCUGAAGGACAUUUGGGAGGAGAUCGGCAUACCUGAAGACCAAAGACUGCAAAGAACGAAUGUUGUCAAGAAUCACAUUAAGAACUUACUCGAUAUGAUGAUCAAAGAGGAGGAGUCUUUGAAAAGCAGGCUUGUAAGCAACAUUCAGAACUGCAAAACUGAAAUGGAGAAGCUUUGUCUUGAACUACAGAUUCCAUCUUUUGAGGAAGAGGCUGGUAUCAGCAUGCUCCAACAGGAAAAGAACCUCCGCACACAGGUGGAGGCUCUGACAAAGGAGAAGAAUAGGCGGAUGCAGCAGCUGAAGGCUCUGCUGGUGCAGGACCAGUACCUGUGUGACAUCCUGUGCUCCAUUCCUUAUAGCAUCAACCCAGAUUCUGUCCCCUCACUGGAACAACUAGAGAAAUUAAGCCAGCACAUUGUCAGCCAGAGUGCAGAGAAGGCAAAACGGUAUGCUGAGUUCAUGGACCUUAAAAAGCAGAUCAUCUUGUACAUGAGUGACCUGGACCAUGUCCCAGAGACCAGUUUUGAGAAGGAUGUUGUCUGUGAAGAUGAAGACUCUUUCUGUCUUUCGACGCACAACAUUAAUGCACUCAAGCUGCUUCUUUGUCAGCUGGAGCAACACAAGGCGGAGAACGAGGCAACAUGUGAGGCUCAUCGAGAGAAGAUCCAGCAACUGUGGGACCGAUUGCAGGUUCCCCAAGAGCAAAGAGAUGCCUUCAACGAGCACAUGGUCAUGUCGAAGAAACUCAACCUAGACGCGCUCCAAGCAGAGGUACAUCGUUUGGAGGACCUAAAACUGCACAACAUUCGAAAUGUGACCGAUGCUAUCCGCUCUGAGAUUGCUGUGUUUUGGGAGAAGUGCUUCUACAGCCUUGAGCAGCAGCAGGCGUUUUUUGCAUAUUUUAGUGAGGAUUUCACAGAGGAGCUGUUGAGUACGCAUGACGCCGAGCUCCAGCGCUUGAAGCAGCAUUAUGAAGAUCACAAAACUCUUUUUGACGGGGUUCACCAAUGGGAAGAAAGCUGGAGACUCUUUCUAGAGUUGGAUAAAAAGGCCUCAGAUCCAACAAGAUUCACAAAUAGAGGAGGUAAUCUUCUUAAAGAGGAAAAACAGAGGGCUGAACUUCACAAAAACCUGCCAAAGAUUGAAAAUAAUCUGAAAGCCCUGAUUGAUGCCUGGGAAGGUGAACAGGGUUGUGAGUUUUUGGUCAAUGGCCAGAAGUUUCUUGAGUAUGUGGGGGAACAGAGGACACUGCAUCAAGCACAGAAGGAGAAGGAAAAACUAGAAAGGCAUCUAAAAAAGAGCAAGCAGACCGAAGAGGAUAUGCUGUAUGGAACAUCAGUACGAACCCCCAAACGUAGAUUCCCGGGUAACCAAACCCCAAGUAAAUCACGAAAAAUGUUAAAUGCAACCUCCAGCAUUUCUUUGGCCACAUCCAACAGCACAAUGCGCUCUGCCUUUAGUGGAACUGUCUGUCGUUCACCCCUACCCCGCACACCGCUGUCCCGCUCACCUUUUUCUGCUAACAAGGGACAUACACAAAGGAUGCUCGUUAAAUCUCCCCACCCAAAGGUGACAGGCUGUAACAAGGAAAAUGAGGUCCAGUUGAAGGGGACUCCUCUGAGUGGUGCGUUGAUGACCCCCUCUAGUCCACAGUGUAACGUCAGCCUUAACUCUGUUGCCAGCACAUAUUCAGAGUUUGCGAGGGACUUGGUGAAUACUGAAAGUGUUCAGUCAAGCGAGACCUGUCCAAGGCCACUAACGCCAAGAUCCAGCACCACAUUCUGAACUCUACAUCCACCAAACUCUGACCUCUGAUGCUGACUGUCUUUUUGCCACCAUCUUUGUAGUAAAGAUCCUUCCCAAUAUGUAAUGGUGCCAUCUGCUUUUUAAUAUAAAUGAAGGAAAUAGUAUAUGAUAUUUAGUCUAUGAUAAAUAAUCUCAAUCUUUGUUCUGGUCUAGCCAAACAAGUCUUGUCACUGUCAGCAAUAAGAAACACAAGUUAAAACACUACCUUGGCUUUUGAAUAUUGACUUGCAUGUAAAUUUUGUAGGUAUUGUGUGUUUUGAAAUAUAUAAUAGAAAGAAAUGUUACCUUUCCAAAAUGAUGCAAUCCUCCAUUAUGCAAUAUUUGCACUUCUUGUAAAGUUCACGCUUGCUUUGUUCUAUUUGGACGUUUCACAGCUGAUUGCAGUUAUGUGUACGAGUAUAUUUAUAUUUUCUUCAUUUUUUCAAUUUUUUUUUUUUUUAUGAAAUAUCCCAUUUGACAUGCUGAACACGCUCUUCAUGUCCUUUAUUGAUGCUUUAACUUCUAACAGCACGGAUUCUUGUACAUGCUCAUGGCUUAUUUGUAAACGCUCAUCAAAAGAAGCAACGGAAGAUCAUUCAGAAUUUCUUGCAUGGGUUGUAUUUUCAGUUCCUGUACAAAUGUUUUUAGAAAAAUAUAACAGUACAUCAUUUA